AUGCAGAAAGGGAGGCUGCAGCUGCACACUGCCCGGCUGACCCAGACGGAGCUAGCACUAGCCAUGGCCACAAAGGCUGAACACACCAUGAGGAGGGCAACAGAAAUCCAGGGCCUUGUGGCUGCCCAUCCAGCAGAGUCAGGUCCAGAUGCUGGGUCUGAGAGCUUGACAGGUGAGACACCCCAGCAGCUGGCAGCCUUCCAGGAUAUCUUCAAACUCUUCAGCUCCAGCCCAACGGGUACCGUGGACAUGCACAGCAUGAAAGGCGCCCUAGGCAAUGUGGGUAUCCAACUGAGUCCACAGGAGACAUUCGAGGCUCUGCCGCAGGUGGACUUGGAUGGUGUUGGAAUCGUAAGCUUCAGUGACUUCCUGGGUGUCUUCAAUGACAACCACCGCUUGGCUCAGUGCAUGGGUGAGGGACAAGGCUGCCAGGUCUGUGACCCCCAGGGACUGCAGACCCUGUUCUUGGAAAUGCUAUUCAAGCUGCUGGGCCGGGGCUUUGUGCCCUCCAAGUUGGCACAGGAGGUGAUGAGCUACUACUUCAAGAAGCAGUGGGCUCUGGGGCUCAGCCCAGGCUGCGGGGGUUGGGGGGCGCUCCACGCGGGCCUCACCUUCUGCCACGCGGCGCGCAUCAGACCCGCUCUGAGAACCGUCUCCUCCUCUACCUCCUCCCGGGCACCCACCCUAGGUGCGCGCAACCCCUACUCUCAGAUUCCUAACCUGGAGGAGUCGGCGCUCCCGGAACGCAGGACACGAAGCCCAGCCGCGGGCCCCGGCUUCCGCCUGAGCCAGCCCUACUAG